AUGGGCAGCGCAGCGGAACCUCUGAAGGUCAUCAUCAUCGGUGCAGGAAUUGGCGGGUUGGCCACCGCCAGCUUCGUACGGCAGCAGGGUCAUCAUGUGGAGGUGUACGAGUCAAGCAAAUUCGCCAAAGAGCUCGGCGCAGCGAUCCACAUUCCGCCCAAUGCUCACAGCCUGCUGAGGAAGAUUGGCAUUGAUCCUAUUGCUAUUGGUGCAAAUCCGUGCACACGGCUUACGAUGUUCGCAUCGAGCGGCUUCAAGAUCAACUCGAUAGAUACUAGCGCCGGAAGGAAAUGGGAAUUUCCCUGGGUUCUUGGGCAUCGUGUAAAGCUCCACGAUGCUCUCAAGGAAGCCGCAACCUCCGCUGGAGCCACCUUGCAUCUCAGCAAGUCCGCUACACGCAUAGAUCCGCACCAGGGGAUUGUCGAAUUUGAUGACGGCACGAGUGCAAAUGGCGACGAUUCGAAACCUUUCAGCAGUGGCAAAUCGGCGUUCCGUUUCCUGGUGCCGCGGGAAGCAGUCCUGAGUGACCCACAGACGAAGCAUUACGCGUCAACUGACGGCGAGAUGGUGAUUGUGUACCAUGCUGAUCGACGCCUGGUGAUGUAUCCGACUAGUGACAACAGCAUCCUCAACUUCGUAUGUAUCCAUCCCGAAGAAGAGACCGCAAGUAAGGCGACCGGAGACUGGAACAACGAUGCGACAAAGGAGAUGUUGCUGGACGUGUAUCGAGACUUUCACCAAGACUUCAAGUCGAUCCUCAACAAGUCGAACGCGGAGUCUUUGAAGAUCUGGAAACUUCUUGACAUGACACCGCUAGAGUCAUGGUCGGACGAAAAGCUAGCACUCCUAGGCGAUGCGGCGCACCCGUUCUUGCCACACCAAGGGCAAGGUGGAGCGGUAGCAAUCGAGGACGCCGCUGCGUUGGGAGUGUUGUUGGAAGCGGGCUUGAGACCUGAGGAUGUCCCGGACCGAUUAUCCUUGUACGAGGAAAUUCGUCGGCCGCGGGCGAACAAACUGCAGGAAUAUACAAGGCUGGCGGGCGAAGACCUCAAGCCUGGGCAGGCGCAGAAAUUCGAUGUGAGGGACUAUACCAAUUACAACUUCGACCACGAUGAGUUUGACAACUCGACAAAGAGAUUGAAGGAGUGGAAGGAGACCAAGUGA